AUGGUAGUUGAUAGUUUCUUUAAGUGGCCAGAAAUUUGCUUGUCUAAAAAACCAACCUCCUCAACUGUGACAAAUUUUCUACAUGAGCUGUUUGUGAGAUUUGGCAUCCCAGACAUAACAGUGUCAGACAAUGGAAUGCAAUUUGUGUCUUACGAGUUUAAAAAGUUUCAUAAGAUGUUCACUGCAGAACAUGUAACUAUGGCACUAUACCAUCCCAGAUCUAAUGGACAAACAGAAUGCUUUGUCGAUAUGUUUAAGAGAGCCCUAAGAAAGUCAAAUAAGGAAAUCAUGGUUGAGGUAGCUCUAGAACAAUUCUUAAGAGUUGUCCAACUACCACCCUCCUCAUCAACCUCAUCAAGUGUGAUUAGUAAGUUUGCCAGUUUAGUUGCUGACGACCCAACCAUUAGUAGCAGUUUGGGUGUCGUUCCAAGAGCACCAAUUAUCACAGGAACAAUUUUCACACUUGUGUUCUGGAAUCUCUUCAUCUCUUUGGCUAAAUUAGAUCCAGUUGUUUCUCAAUUUCCUCAGUUUCCUUCACAUCCACCCAACAAUCAUAUGUUCCAAAUAUUUGGACAAUUAUUUUCAAUGCUUGAGUCAUCUAAAAUCAUUGAACCAAAGGCUUUACCUGAUGUAAAAAUCUCAUAA